AUGGGAGGCCGGCGGAAGGGAAGCACUCCCUAUAAAGAUGCUGAUUCGAUACAGGAAUCAAAUCUGACGUGGAUUUGCAUUGCAGAUGGCGGAUGGGGCACUACAGUCAUUUCUGGCCCCACUUCUUCUUCAUUAUUCAUCGAUGAGACUCAUCGCUGCUUCCAACCCCUAAGCAUCUUCAGGGUCCGCGAGUUCUGGGUAUUCCAUGGUCAUAAGGACAUCGGGAGGUUUAUUCAAACUCAGGAAAGCUUCGGCUUGGUUAGACUAUUCGUUGUUUAA